CAAAUGCUUGUACAUUACCCAUACAGGAUAUAGAGAACCCUCACAUCUCCUUCAUCACGCGGGCAUCUUGUCACAUGUUUAUGGUGGAUCCUGACAUAAGCUCACAUUCAAUGCACGAGGAGAAAGCUAAGAGGUUUGGUAUGGAGUGUUCCACCAACACCGAGACCGGGGACUGCGUCGAAUUUCCCAAGAACCCACGAAGUAUUCUCGCUGUGGUUCGCUUAUUAUAUACCACGCAGGUUGGAGAGAAACCUUCAAUGAGAAACACAAGUAUUAUCAGCAACACAACAGUGGACAGUGGAAUAGUUAAAGACGACCAAUCAGCUUCUAGCGUUCACAUCGUGGAUUAUAGUCAAAUCUCUCAUGCGCGACUAACGAGGGGUGAAUCAAGCCUGCCUCCAUGUGGUCGGCUGUCAUGGUCGUCAAACAGCGAGAAAACAACGAAGAAAGCAGAACGUAAACCCUCCAGUAGCACGGAUGAAGGGUCACGGUUGAGUCCACGCGCUUUAUUUUCAUCCAAUCAGGAAGCAGCGAAGAAACAAAGCGAGCAAAGCGAAACAAAUUUCUCGUUCCCUACAAAACCCCAGCCAUCGGACAAACAUCUAAGCUCAGGUAUUAUGAGUCAUCAAAAGUUACACGGUGAGUCGUCACUUCUCACUGCCCAAGAACGCAACGUCGUCAUGCUUAGUCAGCAAAACUUGAUUCGUCAUGACAACCGAAUGAAGCAGAGCGGAUUAGUCAGCGAAAAUUCGAACAACAACUCGAGGGUGCCGCCCCCUAUGCAUAAGUUAAGCAUGGGGAAGUAUAGGAUACCUGAUGGACACAACUUACCAGGUGAUAGCAGAAGAUAUGAAAAGAAACAUCAGACGAAUAAAGCUUCGCACGGCACAGGAAAACGUAACCGAAUCUUUCACGGUCGAUUUGUGACGUUGGGUAAAGUUAUCAGCCGUUCAACUGAGAAUGUUGCGAUGCCAGAUGAGGAUGGACUCAGUGGCGCCUCUAGUGUUGAGAGUCUGGCAAGCAACGCCAGCUUGCCGAGCUGUAUGAACGGAGCGGUCGGUGGAAACUUUGACCAUGGGUACCAAAGAUCAUCUCUAAGAGCUUCCCAAUCAUCGGAGGCAGUAGAAGCUGCGGGGAGGAUCUCGCAUUGGGCUGUUUCGUUUGAAAGGCUGCUGGAAGACCCCCUUGGUGUCAUCUAUUUUAAGGAGUUUCUUCGAAAAGAAUUUUCUGAGGAAAAUAUUUUGUUUUGGGAGGCAAGUGACAAAUUACGACGAACCCCAUCGUGUGAUUCUGCGUCGCUACGACAACAAAUACAAGAUAUCUAUGACAGGUUCCUAUCCCCCACUGCAGUGAUGCCAGUCAAUAUCGACAGCCAUGGACAACAACUGGCAGAGGAAGCACUGACAAUUGAACCGCAUCCGGACAUUUUCAUUAACCAGCAAAAUCAGGUCUACACCCUGAUGAAGUUGGACAGCUACAGCAGGUUCCUCAAGUCAACAUUAUACCGACAAUGCAUGGUAGCUGAGAUGGAGGGAAGAACUCUUCCCUUGGAUGUGGGGGAGGAUGGAGGAUCAGAUGUUGCAAGCUUUGAUGGGAGUUCGCUAUCAAGGCCCGCAUCAAGGAGUUUGGAUGCGGGGACUCUAAGGAGGAAAGGGGACAUGGUGAAACGAAACAAAAGUUCGCGAAAAGGUUUAUUUGGUUUUAAAAAUCGGUCCAAGACACUCACCAAUCGUAGUAGCAGCAAUGCAAGCUCGUUAAGUCGAGGGGGUUCCAGUAGGGAGUCCUCGGGGUCAGAAGGUCACAGCAACCUUCUCCAACUAACAAGAUCAGGCUCCCUCCCCUUGCAUUCAAUCACUCCUGAUUUCCCCGAUAGUUCUCGUGUUUGCCAUGUCACUUUAUGGGACGGAUCAACCACUGUAUUGUAUGCUAAAAAACCUGGAAGCACCACCAUUGAAGAAGUUAUAGGGAAUAUGUCAGAGAGAAGAGGAGUUAGGUUGAGAGCGCUGGAUGUCUUCCUCGUGGAAGAUGGAGAUGAUGGGAGGAAGAGGAGGCCGAUGAUGUUGGACCUUGAUGUAUCAGUCUUGGCCGGUCAAUCAAUCGUCUUAGAGCGUCGUUCAUUGUUCCGUCUCGAUAUGCCCCCAGUACAAAGGUCGGUUGGUGUGAAAGCGAGGCCAACCAAACCCAUUGAUGAAGUGUUAAGGCCAGUGUUGCAGAAAUAUAACUUACAUUUAGAAGACAUGGAAGCAAGAAAUAGCGCCGACAAUGUUGGGUUAAAUUUGAAAAAUCCAGUUUCCACAUUGGAUGGAAUGAGGAUUGUUGUUGAUAAUAAGAAAGGUGAGUUGGGGAAGGAAAAGGUAACCAGAAAUCAGCCACAGAAAUCUUAUAAAUCUACUAUUCCUGAUAAACAAGAAACUGAAGAACUGAUCAGUUUAAUGUCUUCAUUACAAAGCAGCACGAUGCACGACCAGCGCGGUUUAAUCUCCAAAGCUCAUCUUGAACUACCCGAGUUUUUAAAACUUAAACCAACCCCACCUAGUGACGAGAAGAACGUUAACGCGAACAACAACGUGAUGUCAUCAAUGACAUCAUCAGGUGUGACAUCAUCAACCGAACCCUCACCAUAUGCAGUGUCGUACAUAUCCGAUAUAAACACACAACAUCGGUCGAAACCAGUGAAGCAAGAGAAAGGCUACGUUGAGUUAAACGCACGACCAAAAUUAAUGUCAACUUUUAAACCCUCCAACCCAGCCCCCCCACCAAAUAUGGGCUCAAAGCCCCCAAUACCACCCCACCCCCAGUUUUUGAGCCGAGGUUCGACCCCGAGCCCCGUUGACGAUUUAAACGACACAACUAUAGUUGAAGAUCCCGACCAAGUGAACUUUGACCCAGAGUUGACCCUUCUUCCCUCCCCAACGCAUAAGCGGGAAUUACAAACGCCUGACUACACUCCCCCACCCCCCGUAGGAUUCCGGAACGAAAAAGAUGAAUCAACAAUAAUGGUUUAACAACAGCAUUGUGACGUAACAAUAUUCCUGUUUGCCAAUAGAAGCAAAAGAAAGAAAGUUUUUAUUUUAUAAAUUCGUGUUUUCAGUUCAAUUUAUGCACAAAUAUUGAACAUACGCUGCACAUUAAACUGCCAUUUGCACUCAAGUUACCUUUAAACAUACCUACACUGAGGUUACUUAAGGUCAUUGGGUCAUUGGGUUAUUUCUUAUUGUAAACCAGAUUUUUUUUCUUUCUUUUUUAACAUAUAAAUGAUGCAACAAACAUUACUAUGAUAUGACUUGCUGCAUUGUGAUGUCAUAACCACACUGCAUACUCUAUAUGAGUGAGGCCCUACAGCAAGCACACCAUAGGACUUAAGAUUUUGACCAAAGUAUUACCAUUACCCCGUUACAGCAUAAUAAUAACAUUCACAAUACCAAAGCUUAGAACACUUAGUUAUAGUAGGGCGGGGAAAGAUAGGACAUAUUUUCAUUCUAUUUCCUCGUCUCAUUUUGUAGUAAACAAAAAACAUUCAAAGAAAUAUAUAAUCGUAUUCUAACGACUCCCAUAGACCCUUUUUAAUUUCUCAAAACAAGAUUAGGAUGUUUUGAUUUUAUGUGCUAAAGGUGUCCCGUCUAACCCCACCCUACUAUAUAUAUAAUCAAUUCCAAGCCAAAAUAACACAAUUGUUGUACGAACUGUAGGAAUACUGUGCGUUUCUUACAAUGGACUUCAACCUUUUUUAUUCUUCUUUUAUUUUUUGCGAAAUCGUGUUGAAUCAUACAUUAGAUUUUAUUUGAUAUUUGACCAUUGUUCCUGUUAUUCUUUUAUGACAUAACAAAGCAUGACAGUGACAUAAAUAAUUCAUACUAUGAAAAAAAUUGUUUUGAAACUUUUUUGAGAAAAAAUAUUUUUGGAAUUUUUUUAAGUUAAAAAAUUUUGAAAUAAUGUCCUGUUGUGUUAUGUCAUCCACUCUAAGCUACCAAACAUUCCCACCUUUCCAUAGGUAGCCAUAUAAUGCUCAUUGUAAGGGUCCCCGACACUGUAACUUCUAAUUUCACUGCGUAUUUUUACAAGAAGCUUACUUGACAUUCUGUUGUAUACACACUUAAGUGAACAUAUUAAAACAACUGCUGAACGUUUA